GGCUGGUCCGAAGAUCCGAUUCUUGCUUGAUUUCUUUUGAAUAAUAAAAAAUCUGUUUGGAAAAUGACUGAAGCUUAUGGAACCGGCAGUACAAUUUACGAUGAGACCGAAAAAUCAAAGGUUGGUGACAACGAACUUGCAGAAAUGCUAGAAAUCGAAAAGCAAAAGAUGCAAUUCAACGAACAGAUGCACGAGUUCAACAGUAUUUGUUGGGACACCUGUGUAGAUAGGCCAAGCACGAAGUUGGAUGGCAAGACGGAGAAAUGUCUGAAAAAUUGUGUCGAUCGAUUUAUAGACGUCUCCCUUUUCAUCACAAAUAGAUACGCCCAAAUGCUACAGAAAAAUUUAUAGAUACUAAUAUUUGAUGCUAUUAAAGAAUAAAUCAAUUAGGGAUACAAUAAUUUUGUUCUGUUGGUCGUAUCCUCAGUUUUUACUCGAGAUUGGAUAGGAGUGAUUCUAGUGUUUUGUUAAGCCCCUAAAUAAAUCUGUUCGCA